AUGCUAGAACAAGCCUUUGGUGACCUUGACAAGCAGGCCACUGCUCAGUGGGAGCUCUGCCACCUUAACCAAGCAAACUUACCUUUUUUGACCUUCAUUGCUACCUUCUGCUGCUUAGCUCCUGAUACUGGAUUUGAUGAAAUGGUGUUGAAAAGCAUAUUGAGUAGAGGUAUCUCCUAUGAGUUAACAAAUGCCAUGAUCACUUAUAAGGUCCCUAGCAAACUAGAUGACUAUAUUGAGCUCUUACAGAAGGUGGACAACAAAAUAGUCACCAUUACCACCAUGUUUACUCCCACUAUUUGCCCCUCUGAUUCAGCCUCUAACUUUGGAGCUACUCCCAUGGACCUAUCCAGUGUACAAUGUGGACUAGUCCUACUAGAGGAGAAAGCCUAA